AUGCUUGACCAAAUUGCCGCCUUCCGAUGGGUAAAAGAGAAUAUCAUUCAUUUCGGGGGUGACCCAGAUCAUAUUACAAUCGAUGGACACAGUGCCGGAGGUGCAAGUGUCGGACUACACUUAGUUUCCCCUUUAGCCAAAGGACUUUUCCAUCGGGUUAUACAACAGAGUGGAUCUCCGUUAGCUCACUGGGCAGUGAAGAAAUAUCCUGACAGAUCUAAUUUGCAUUACAAGCUCUUCUUGUCCAGCCUUCGCUGUCUGCAGAAUUCCACAGUGGAAAUCAAAAGAUGCUUGAAAAGUAUUGAUCCUGAAAGAUUAAAAAGAAUAAUUUUGGCCGACCUUGAAUGGUCGUCUGAAGUUUCACCGGUUUUCAUUCCCAUUGUGGAUGGCUAUUACCUUCCGGAUAUUCCGGAAAAACUGAUGCGGAAUCAUCCUGUAAACGCCCACCAGUUUAUGACAGGAACGACAAGAGACGAAGGUGCAAGUGCGGCGGGAAGAUUGUUUGGUCCAUUGAAACACAAUCAUGGCUCGACUGAGAAAAUUCUCUCGCUUAUGAACUGCUUCCGAGGUUUUCUACCAAGCGUCGGGGGAAUUGUAGGUGAGCUUAUAUAA